CGCCUCCCGCACCGGCUGCGUUCCGACACGGCUCCGCGGCCUGUGGGCCCGCGCCGGCCCGCUCCACCCGCCGCUGCUGCCAUGGCCUCUUCUGCCCCCGGCCGGGCCUGAGCGCCGGGAGCCCGUGUGGCCGCAGCCCGCCCGGCCGCCGACCCUGCUCCGGCCGCCGCUUGGCGAUCCCCCGCCGCCUCCUUCCCCGCCGCCUUCGCCGGGCUCCGCGGCUCCUUCCCCCGACCGCGAGGUCCCGGCGGGAGGCGGCGGCGGGCGCCGGCUGGAGCAGGCGGUGGGGAAGAUGGCGGGGAACGGCGGCGGCUUCGCCGGCGCCGGGAGCGGGGAGAUCAUCCAGCUCAACGUGGGCGGCACCAGGUUCAGCACAUCAAGACAAACACUGAUGUGGAUUCCAGACUCAUUUUUUUCCAGUUUGCUGAGUGGAAGAAUUUCAACACUAAAGGAUGAAACUGGUGCUAUAUUUAUUGAUCGAGAUCCAGCAGCAUUUGCACCCAUUUUAAAUUUUCUUCGCACAAAGGAGUUAGACUUACGGGGAGUGAGUAUUAAUGUUCUCAGGCAUGAAGCUGAAUUCUAUGGAAUCACUCCUUUAGUGAGAAGAUUGCUACUAUGUGAAGAACUGGAACGCUCAUCAUGUGGCAGUGUCCUUUUUCAUGGCUACCUACCUCCUCCAGGCAUUCCCAGCCGUAAGAUAAAUAAUACUACUGGGCCACCGACUGACAUCAGAACGGGUCAGAGUGAGAGUGAGAUGCAUGGAGGUGGUGUCCAGCCUACGCUUGCUGGUACGGGGGAAGGCACAGUCCGACUAGGAUUUCCUGUGGACCCACGCAAAGUCCUAAUAGUAGCUGGCCACCACAAUUGGAUAGUAGCUGCCUAUGCCCAUUUUGCUGUUUGCUACAGAAUCAAAGAGUCAUCUGGGUGGCAGCAGGUGUUCACCAGUCCCUAUCUGGACUGGACCAUUGAGCGGGUGGCUCUCAAUGCCAAGGUGGUUGGAGGACCUCAUGGAGACAAGGACAAGAUGGUUGCAGUUGCCUCGGAGAGUAGCAUUAUCUUGUGGAGCAUUCAAGAUGGUGGUAGUGGCAGUGAAAUUGGAGUGUUCAGUCUUGGAGUGCCUGUAGAUGCUCUCUUCUUCAUUGGCAACCAGUUGGUGGCUACAAGCCAUACAGGGAAAGUUGGAGUGUGGAACGCUGUGACUCAGCACUGGCAGGUUCAGGAUGUUGUUCCUAUCACAAGCUAUGAUACUGCUGGGUCUUUCCUGCUGCUGGGCUGUAACAAUGGUUCUAUCUACUAUAUAGACAUGCAGAAGUUCCCACUUCGAAUGAAAGACAAUGAUCUUCUUGUGACAGAAUUGUACCAUGAUCCCUCCAAUGAUGCUAUAACAGCUCUCAGUGUCUACCUCACACCCAAAACAAGUGUAAGUGGCAAUUGGAUUGAGAUUGCAUAUGGCACCAGCUCUGGAGCAGUGAGGGUGAUUGUGCAGCACCCUGAGACAGUCGGGUCUGGCCCUCAGCUCUUUCAGACCUUCACGGUUCAUCGAAGCCCUGUCACGAAGAUCAUGCUCUCAGAGAAACACCUCGUGUCAGUUUGUGCUGAUAACAACCAUGUCCGGACAUGGACUGUGACUCGGUUCCGGGGUAUGAUUUCCACUCAGCCAGGCUCAACCCCUCUUGCAUCAUUCAAAAUCUUAUCCCUGGAGGAAGCAGAGAGUCAUGGCAGUUACUGCUCUGGAAAUGACAUUGGACCCUUUGGUGAACGUGAUGACCAGCAGGUGUUUAUCCAAAAAGUUGUUCCCAUUACAAAUAAGCUGUUUGUAAGGCUUUCUUCAACUGGGAAAAGGAUCUGUGAGAUCCAGGCAGUUGACUGCACUACCAUCUCGUCGUUUACUGUGCGAGAAUGUGAAGGAUCCAGCAGGAUGGGCUCCCGGCCACGCCGCUACCUCUUCACUGGACAUUCCAAUGGCAGCAUCCAGAUGUGGGACCUGACCACAGCUAUGGACAUGGUUAAUAAGAGUGAAGACAGAGAUGUUGGUGGCCCCACAGAGGAAGAGCUGCUCAAGCUGCUUGACCAGUGUGACUUGAGUACAUCUCGCUGUGCCACACCCAACAUCAGUCCUGCCACCUCAGUUGUUCAGCCAAACCGGCUUCGGGAAUCUAAUUCCAGCCUCCAAUUGCAGCACCAUGAAACAAUCCACGAAACAGCCACGUAUGGCUCUGUGAGGCCAUACAGAGAAAGCCCCCUCUUGGCAAGAGCAAGGCGGACAGAGAGCUUUCACAGCUACCGGGACUUCCAGGCUUUUAACUUAUCCAGCAAAAGCCCAACAGAAAGGGCAGCUGCUGCAAAUGGGAAUUCAAGCCAGACAGAGGCCAGGAAGGCGACAGCUGAGGGCAGUGCAGCUGACAGGAAGGCAGUCCAGUCAACAGCACUUGAAGUGCGAGGCACAGGCGUGACAGAUGCCAGCGGGUGUUGCAGUACAGAGGUUCACCGCCUGCCAGAGAAUUCUCUGGAUCUCAGAAGAAGAGGACCAGAAGAAGAGAAUGAAACCAAAGCAGAAAGCAAAAAGAAAAUGGGAUUUGAAGGAGCUGGUUUCCUGGGAAGAAAGAAAGUGCCUCUCCUGGCCUCGGCACCAGUCCUUGCUGAAGGUGGGCCUGAAUUACCUGGUGCAGCUUCUCCAUCACCUACAAAAACAGCUGCUUCACCACGGCACCGGAAGAACGACUCAUCCUGCCAAGACUAUGGCUUGUGAAAAUGUGUCUGGUGGCUAAAACAAGGUGCAGGUGCCCUCUGGCUGGUAGUAGGCAUGAUGUUACAUGGUGUGGGUUGUUUCCUGAGUGAGAUUUUGUUCUCGUAUAAAUAUUCUGUUUUAUUCUGUUCAGAAUAAAACUUGUAAAGUUAUGAGAAAGUUCCUAGCUGCUGCCAAAGCUUUGAAGGGUUGUCCACAUCCAUGUGUGGCUUUAUGUAAUGCUCCAAAAUGUAGUACGGUACUUGGUCCAAAAUAUUGUUGUGUGUUCUUGCGUAAAUGUGGUCAGGCAUGUGAUAUGUUGUCAUUAUUUUUGUUUUGGGGAGAGGGACAGUGCUAAAGGAAAACUUGGUUGCUGAGCAGAGGAUGCCCUUUAGAUGCAGCUGCACGUUGCUCUAGAGCACUGCUGCUGUCUUGGGUGGAUUUUGCCUAAUUCACAGAGCUGCCUCUGUAGUCUUGUUUAAUGAAUGGGAUCCUUGCUCUUUGUGCUGCUGUCUGAUACCUGAAAUGUUUUGUGCAGGUUAAGGAGGAAGCUAUCCAAAAUAGCAUAUGAUUUUGCCUCUUAGUCCAAAUAAAUUGCCAGAGGAGUGUUGCUUGUACUUUCUGAAAAUGUGUGGUAUCAGAUGAUGGAUUUUGCUGAUUGUGACUGAGAGAAUGCAUAAAAAUAUGCUUGGCAGAAUACACACAGCUGGCAGUCUCUUGAGGGCUUCCUUGUCACUUUCUCUGGCAAAAGGACAGAGAUGAAUAUGGGAGUAGGUUUACUGUCAUGGUGUAAUAAUUCUCAAUUACAAGUGCCUUGACAUGAUA